CGGACUGCAACAUCUUCCUGAACAACAACAAGCCUUGCCAACAACUGACAUCCUCUCACACUCGCCAACAUGUCGAAAAUUGUACGGAUGACGCUCUUCAAACUCACAGACGCCGCUGUCAUCAAAGAAGCAAUCCAGAAAUACUCUACCCUGACCCAGGACGCUGUCAAGGACGGUAAACCAUACAUCCAACAAGCAACCGCACAUCAACCGUACGAUGACCCCAGGAGUCAAGGCUACACACUUGUGGCGCGCACGGUCUUCAACUCAAAAGCAGAUAUGGACUACUACGACAACGAGUGCGCGGCGCAUACUGCGAUCAAGUCGUUCAUCAAGCCAAAGGUUGGAGGUCCGCCGCUUGUGGUCUAUAUGGACGCAUAAACAAUUGCAUAUUGUUUGAAUC